AUGUAAUUCAAACAAGAAUCUUUUGAUAAUGAAAUGAUUGAAUUUCUAUAGAUAGAAUAAGAAAGUGAAAUUAAAUCACUCUUUAAACAGCUCAAUAUAUAAAACACACAACUAUCCAAUAAACGAUCUAAAAAAAUUAAGAAAUUUAACCUCAACAUCCAAACCAAUUCAAUACUAUAAAGAAGAAAUAUUAACCUAGGUUAAAUUUGA